ACGCCCGCGCAUGCGCGAAGAGCGGCGGCGCGGCCGGAAACUACAUGUCCCGGCAUGCUCCGCUCCCCACUACCGCUCCCGUCGGGCCUUGCGGCGGGGCGGGGCGUCCCGGCGUGCCGUGCGCGGGCGCGGGUCGCUCGGUGUGGCCGCCAUGGCGCAGCGCUCCGCCGCCUCGCAGCCCCCGCCGGACGUGGACACCGACGACUGCCUCGGGGAGUACCGGCACCUCUUCAGCCCCGACAUCCUAGCGGGCCGCGUGGCGUUCAUCACCGGCGGCGGCUCCGGCAUCGGCUUCCGCAUCGCCGAGAUCUUCAUGAGGCACGGCUGUCGGACCGCCAUCGCCGGGCGGAACCAGCAGCGGGUGAACGAGGCCUCAGAAAAGCUUGUGGCAGCCACAGGGCAGCAGUGCCUGCCUCUGUCCAUCGAUGUCAGGCAGCCGCAAACCAUCGUGGCAGCAGUGGACGAGACACUGAAGCAGUUCAAGCAGAUUGACAUCCUGGUUAAUGGUGCUGCGGGAAACUUUCUGUGCCCAGCCAGCGCUCUGUCCUUCAAUGCCUUCAAGACAGUGAUGGAUAUUGACACUCUUGGCACCUUCAACACCUCCAAAGUCCUCUUUGAGAAAUAUUUCCGUGACCAUGGCGGGGUCAUCAUUAACAUCACAGCAACUCUGAGCUACCGUGGGCAGGCCCUCCAGGUGCACGCCGGAUCUGCUAAGGCUGCCAUAGAUGCUAUGACCCGUCACCUCGCUGUGGAGUGGGGUCCCAACAACAUCCGAGUGAACAGCUUGGCACCAGGCCCCAUCACGGGCACCGAGGGGUUCCGGCGGCUGGGUGGAAAAUUUGCCAAGGACUCAAACCAGUUUGACACGAUCCCCCUCCAGCGCGCGGGGAACAAGACGGAGAUCGCCCACAGUGCGCUGUACCUGGCGAGCCCCCUGUCCUCCUACGUGACUGGCACCACACUGGUCGUGGAUGGCGGGAGCUGGCUGACCUCUGCCAACAGCUUCUCCGCCUUGCUGGGUAUUGCUUCAUCCUCUGCUAAACUCUAGAUGUCUGGGCUGCAGGAGCAAACAAAAAUCAAUGAUGGGCAGCAUGGGAUUGACCGACGGACAGAAAUUGGACCGAAGGCUGCUUCCUUGGGACAUCUCGGGGUGGCAUCACCCAGAGCGGGAGCUGAGAGCUGCUGAGAGCAGCGAUGCGGUGACACUGCUGAGCCCGCUCCUGCCUGGGGGAGGGAGCACCAAGGAUGCUGCGGGGGAGCAAGUGUCCCCCAGCUCUGCACUAUUACAAUCUUCUGAGCUGAUGUGGCUGAGAUUGCGAGGAUAGUAGGGGGCAGUGGGCUGUGGUGCUCGCUAUCUUGUCUGUUUUUUUCUUUCUGGACUCCCAGUCCUGGAUAUCUGUCCUCUUCUUGCCCUCGCCCAUCUCUGCCUGGGAGCAGCACGGGACCCCCACAGCAGCUCCUUUUUGGGUGGGGGCAUAGCUCAGCCCAUUCCGCAUUGGGGAAAGCCAUGCACUUCCCCUCUGUCAUUGCUUGCUGCCAAAUCUGCAGCUUGUCCUGCUGGGACAACGAGAUCAGCCACAGUGCCCAGAGCAUCUCUUGCUGGUAGCAGGAGCUGGCAGCUGCCGGAGAGAAACAAGGAGCGGGGUGGCUCUUGGCAGAAGGGACAUCUUCAUGACCUCUGGGGGCUCGUGGCUGGAGCAGCAGCACCCUGAGGCUGGUGCAGAGGUGCCUUGGAUGUCCUUUCCCUGGGAACAGAGGAGGUGGGAGGUGAAAGCUGAGCCUGAGCUGUCUGUCUGUCUGUCAGCCCUAAUGGCUGUGACUCCAAUCUCGUGCUGUCCCCUUUCUUUCUACAGAACCCGCAGCUGAGGGUGAAUCGGGGGCUAGCAGAAAUUCGGCCCUUUCUGAGCAAGGGCGCUGAGCUGGGGAGCUGCAGGGGCUGCCCUGGCUGCGUGCUGGGAAUGAAACGUGUCCGCAGUGCCCUCCUACUGCGGACAGCAGGUUUUAAGCUUAUCCUGAUUUCUUAUUAAUCUAGUUUGUAACGAUUGCUGAAGAUUGUUGGUUUUUUUCCCUACGUGAUUGUAGACUCGACAGGUUUUGCUCCUUCCUCCAGGCCGCAAAUAAAGAGCUUCCAGCCUGA